CGGCCGGCGUGCAACGCCCCCACCUCUAGUCGGUGUGCGCGCUGGUUUGUGUCAUGGUCACCGCUUCGGUCGUGUGAUCAUGUGUGUUGUUGGUGUUUAUCGUGGUGUCGUCGUGCGGUGUGAGUGAGCCAACUCUCAUGAAUGCAGCGAGUGCGGCAUUCGGCACAACCAGCGGCAAGCCGACUGGAGACCGCUGAGAUCGCCGAGGCUUUAGGCUUACGCACGGGCUGAGCCGCGACCGAGUUUUACUCCACCGCGCAGCAUGGGAGACAGCGGCAAGCCGACGGCGCGCCCGCCGAGCGCACGCCCCGUGCCUAUGAAGCUGUUCGCCGCCUGGGAGGUGGACAAGACGACGCCCAAUUGCAUACCCAGGCAAUGUUCCUUCACUCUGACUCGCCUGCUACUGCUGCGACCACUGGGCGGCGAGGUUUCUGCAAUCAGCAUCGCCGUCAAGAUGCAGAGCUCCAAGCGGACCCUGCGCUCCAAUGACAUUCAAGUGCCCAACAGUGGACUGCUCGACACGGAGCUUGACCUUUCCUUCUCCCUUCAGUACCCACACCUGCUCAAGGGGAGCAGCAGUGGUGCCAACCAGUUGCUUGUGACGCUACAGCGGCGCAAGCGAUACAAGAACCGCGCCAUGCUCGGCUACAAGACUAUCGCCACGGGUGCCAUCAACAUGUCGGAGGUUCUGCAGCGCCCAAUGGAUCGUGAGCUGGAACUGCUUGUCUCUGAGGACUCUGGAGGCGGUGUAGGGGGGGCUCCAACAGCAGUGGGCCGGGUCCAGCUAGACUCCCUGAGCAGCCAGCCGGUGGAGCAAGAGCUCAAGGCCACUGGGCAGCACGAUGCGGAGCGGUCAGCCACGGAUGAGGAAUCGUCAUCGUCGUCCAAUGAAGAGGCGAGUGACAGUGAGGCAGCGGGUGAUGAACCGCACAAUGAAGAGGCCCUGCUGCGCUGUCGUCGGCGAUCAUCGCAAAUGCGCAAGAGAAACAUCAAGCAGAAGUUCAUAGCCCUGCUGAAGAAGUUCCGGGUGCCGGACGCUGAGGCAUUCGGCACGGAUCCGGGACUGGAGCAGGAACUGCUGGAAAAGCCUGGCCUGCAGGAGCUGCUCCUGGACGAGCUGGGGCUGUCAGAGGAAGACAGUGGGGGUGGUGAGGACGACCUGAGCCUGUGCUCGUCAACGCCCAAGCCUAGCCUCAGGCCUUUUUUCUCCUCGGCCACAUUAGUGCCGCUCGCCGACGACUCGAGGGGUCAGGACUCUGACAGUAUACAGGACACAGAUGAGGAGAGCCCACUUGCCCAAGAGGCAGUGCCGCCACCACCAACACCCCGGGAAGAUGCAGCCGGGGUGCAGCGUGUGCUGGAACAGUUGUCGCGCCUCCUGCCGCCCGAAGAGUCUGCGCUGCCCGAGAAGCUGAUUCUGGCCGAAGCGCCGCUGCCGCGUCCACUGCCUGCACUGCCCGUACUGGUCCUGGGCAGUGACGACCUGCGCGCUGCCUUCGGGGCUCUCAUAGGUCGUUUGCAAAAGUUCUGCCACUGCAAUGCGCGGCCCCCCGGCACAAUUCGUGUCGGGGUCCUUGGUUCGGAGACCUUCCUCUCUGCACUGGUGCGCCUCUAUGUCGAGCAGCUGUCGGCGAAACCACCUGAGUGGCAGGCCUACCUGCGCUUCUUCCCCAUGCCUGCCACCUCCUCUGGAUCAGCAAGUGGGCCGUUGUUGCGGCACCUGUGCGCCGUAGACAAUUGCUACUCCUCCCAGUUUGCAGAAGGCUGGCUGGAUGAGGCCGAGCAGCGGGCGGCCGACUACCUGUCCUUAGCACACGCCACGCUGCAGCUGCCCAUUGCCGAAGCCAUGAUCAACCAUCGGCCACCGAACAGCUCAGAAGAUGAGUCCAACCAAGUGUUUGUGCCCUUUAUUAGUGACGUCAAGAUUGGUGUUGCCGAAGGAGUAGGGGGAAGCUCGGUGGAUGCGGAGGAAUGCCUGGGUAGCUCUCCGCCAGCUGCCGAGAGCACGACACCGCCGUCAUCGCCCAGCAUAGGAGGCUCUGCUGUGGCCACAGCAGCCCAAAUGACCACCUCUGUGACGGGGGGUAGCACGUGGAGUCCAUGCGAGGCCAUCGAACUCCAGCUGGACUAUUGGACUCUGCAGCGAAAAGGGGGCGCUGAACCCUGCCGUUUCUCCCUCAAGGGGGCCUUCAGAUCCCUGCAGGUCUGGCGGCUGGCAGUCUCUGAGGUGCUUGGACCUUGCCUAAGCCUGAGCUAUGUCACAAGAGAGAAGAAACAAAAAAUUAUGCGCCUGGGCAAAAAGAAGGAAGGCGAGCGAGAGGCAAGGCGCUGCCAGCAAGUGGAAGGGGUGCAGCGGCUGAUUUGCUCCUGUCGGAACCUCCAACCACCCCUCAGAGUGUCCAUCGAUGGCGUGGAGUGGACGGGUGUCAAGUUUUUCCAGCUGAGUGCCCAGUGGCAGACGCACAUCAAAUACUUUCCCAUUGGCCUCUAUGUCGCCCCUGAGGCGGCCCACUGACCACCCCUCUCUCCCUUCCACCAGAUAGAUUCUGGCCCCUAUUUAUUGAGUAGCCUAUUUAUUGCCCCCUCAGCACCUGUUAGUGUUAAUCGUUCCCCCUCCCCUCCCUCCCACGUGAUCCUCCUCUGCUACUAUCUCAGUCUGCUGUUGUGUGUUUUGUACAUUGCUUUGGAAGCGUACACUGAUUCAUCUCCUCGAGAUACCCCCAUUUCGUGAGCAGCCGUCCAGUGUGCGAUGCUGCGAGCGGUGUAGUUCAGUGUGUGUGCAGCGCCAUCUAAUAAGAGUCGAGGAAAAGGUCGGGGCUGGGGUGCUGGCCACGCACAAUAGCGAUUGAAUAAAACGAUUGUGUACAUUA